AUGUCCUCGUCCUCAGUCCGACUUCACCAAAACAAACGGCUUCGACGGGAUCGCCAUGUCCUCGCCCUCAGACCGAAUGCGUACAAACAAUCUUACACUAUUCAACAUGCUAAUAUACCAUCAUUCUACUUUCACAUUCACAAUGCAUGCCUACCUCAAACAAUCCAUCUCUUAACCCAGCAUAUAACGGAUAUGGAAGAGAAUUACUACGCAAUGCGAGUCCACAAGUCACAUAUCCUCACCUUAGCCACUUUGAAAAUUAACCCCGGAAAAAUAGCGAUUGCGCUUCGGAGUCGCAGCAAAAUAGCGGUUGAAGCGGUUGGGAAAAUAGCGGUUAAAGCGGUUGCGGUUGAAACGCGAUUUCUGACUAUCUGCGUUUGCGUUCUGAGAAAUUGCGUUUGGCAGAUUCGCGAUCCAAAACUGCGUUUGCGUUUCCAAAACGGAUUAGGGUUUUUCUGA